UCCAGGUCUGAGCAGAUCAUCUGGCUCUCCACCUCCAUGCUCUGUGCCGUGGUCAGACUGGUCCAGUCCGCCUCUCUGUUGGACCAACUGGUCCACUUCCUGUUGAGGACGCAGACGGUGACACGCCUGCUGUUGGAGCGCUGCGACCACAUCUCAGACCAGAUCAGCAUGGCGUCUCUGUCUCUGCUGGAGGAGUUACUACAGAAGCCACACAGGGACAUUCUGAACAUCCUGGUAUUGGACUAUCUGCAGAGGCAGACCUAUUUGUCUCCACAGUCUUCUGGUGUGGACGACAGAGGCGCUGAAGACAGUGAGGACAGCGAGUACGUCCCAGCACAUUAUCUACUGUCCACACACGGCCGUCAUUGA